AUGACUCAACAAGAAAAACAAUCUCCGAAAGCUCCGGCGUCAAUCCCAGUUGAGGACACGGAGGCGGCGUCAUUUGCGAACUCGUCUGUCAAAAGUGGAUUGCUCGACCAAACUGACGGUUGGAUGCUGCAGCCUGGCGGGGAGGUUGCAACCAAAGACAAAGCGGCAGCUCGACAGCGGGCGCAGGAAGCGCUGGACGCUGUGCAGCGGGCGGUGGAAGGCGAUAAGCUAUGGGGCAACGCAGAGUGGAGGAGAAUGAGCGUAAACGCGAAGGAAGAGAAAUGGAGCUCGCAGCAAGACAGAACUGACAAAGCUGCUGCCCCGCCAUUGAACGACACUCUCCGUGGAUCCUCCUCGGCCCACCACCCCUGCAUAUGCGCGUGCUUAUCUACGGUUCUAGGGCCCCGAAAGCUGCCACGUGGCGAGCAUCGGGUUGCUACACCCAACGGUCUCGAAACGAGGAGCGGCUCAUGGCAGGAGGCGAGCGGAGAUGAGGACACAGAUGUAGGCGAGGAGAGUUUUGAGGAUGUAAUUGAGUCGGAGAAAGGUCGGAGAGUGGUCGAGGAAAGGUAUGAUCCGGAGAGUGAAGAAGGGGACCCUCGGGCCAGAAGAGCGGCCGCGGAUGCGCAGCGCGCGGCCGAGCGCGCGCGCCUGGAGCGGCUGUGCCUAGAGCUCGCGCGCCUUGAGGCGCGGCUGCAGGACGUGGUGACACGUGGCAGGACAAGCCGGCCACGAGGCUCGAGCUACGAGAGCCGUCCACGAAACCCAAGCUAUGAGAGCCGGCCGCGAACCGCAAGCUACGAGAGCGAGGGAUCCCCCCAGUUCGAGGACAAACGGACCAUCUUCGAACGGGCGGCCCCGGUGGCGCGAAGAGCGCCCCCCGAGGACUAUAAACCCCGAUCCAGGGGCGCGCCUUGGAGCGCGCGCGCGCACGCGCCCGGCGCGCAAAUCGAGCCGCAAUGGGGGAAGUCGGAAGCGGCGGGUUUGGCGCGCGGCGCGUACGAGGCCGCGCGGAUGUGUCGCUUGGGCGUCAAACCCUGCGCGUACCGCCGGCGGAAUUCCGCCGGAGAACGGGCCGGAAAGGGGAGGGGGCAUGAAGAUGCGCGCUGCUGCGACGGGUGUGGGUCUCCCACGGUGGAGCCCACGUGGGCCACGUGCGCUGACGUGGGUCGGGGUAUCAGGGGUGAAGAGCUGGUUCGCCUGAAGAGACACCACCGCGCGCUGAGCGCGCACUGCCGACGGCAGGUGAGCGCGCUCCGGGAAGUCGCCGCCCGCGCGCGCGUCGCCGAGGGCCUCGCCACCAGAGCCGCGCGCGCGGCCGCGGCCGCGACUCACCCCGCGGCGGGCUCCCUCUGCGGGCCGGCUGCGGUGUGCAGGAGCCGUGAAGGGGGCGGCCCGCUUUGGCUCUGCUGA